AUGGCUUCAGUAGUUUCAGUCAGGGAACAACAGGUUAAGUCUUCAAUCGCACCAGCCGAGGAGCAACAUACUACCCCCUUUCAAAAUGAAGUAGAUAUGCAAGCACUGGAGGAAGUCUCCGACAAAAUCGACGAGCUCAACGUCAUCAAAGCCGAUAUGAAAAAGUCUGGAGCUGAGAAAGAUAAGAAGCAAUUUCGACGAUAUGGUGAGGCGAAAGACCAUGUUAAAAUCUUCUACACAGAACAACAUCUAAAACAAACUGUGGAAUACAAUAUCACGGCUCGCCAAGUAUUCGCCAAUAGAGAACCGGGUAAAAUGCCAGUAAUGACCGCUGCGAAGCUUCUCGAUAAAUAUGUUGAUCAAUCAGAUCCUGAUACUCAGGUUGGUCAACUAGAGCACCUUUUUCAGACAUCCGAAGCGGCAAGACUGGCUGGACGGCCUGAUUGGUAUGUCGUGACUGGUUUUGUUCAUGACCUGGGCAAACUAUGGGGCCUCAUGGGUGCUCAAGGACAGUGGGAUACUGUCGGAGAUACCUUCAUAGUAGGCGCUGAGUACUCGAAGCGGAUCGAAUUAUAUGAGAGUCUCAAAGACAACCCGGACUUCAAUGAUCCUCGCUACAACACCAAAUACGGUAUCUAUUCUCCAGGUUGUGGAUUAGAUAAUGUCAUGAUGUCAUGGGGCCAUGAUGAAUUUCUUUACCAGGUUCUCAAAGACCAAUCUACUCUCCCACCUGAGGCCUUGGCAAUGAUCCGGUAUCAUUCGUUCUACCCAUGGCAUCGUGAGAAUGAAUAUUCACAUUUUGAGAACGAUCAUGAUCGAGCGAUGAAGCCAUGGGUACAGGAUUUUAACCAGUUUGAUCUUUACAGCAAGAGUGAUAGCCCUCCUGAUGUUGAAAAGCUUACUCCAAUGUACGAAAAAAUGUUGGCAAAGUAUUUUCCUGCUGAGGUCAACUUUGGAGCUCUUUUAACGCGACCAACGAGCAGCAGCAGUAGCAGCAGCAACAGUAGUUAG